AUGCCGAAACUAACCGCGUUAGAUGCGUGGACAAGCUACUGUACUGGUAUGGUCCGAUCCGGCACUACUGAUGAUGUUGUGCCUACUGUGGACGAACCGCUACCGCGACACGUGCUAGCUAUGGGUUGGUACGAGACUGCUAAAGCAAUUGGCCUUGAGUAUGGUACGGCAUUUUGCGGCCUUGAUGAGAUUAUAGCAGGUACUGUAGAGUUAUGGGCUAGAGCGACGGUUAUGGACUUUGAUGACACCACUCGUCUAGUUGCGUGGUUGUGGGGAUUGCGGCGUUAUUGCAAACGCCUCUGCAUACUAACGUCUAUCGAGAAGCUCGUGGUAUGGGGCGCAACUAGCGAUGAGAUGUAUAUUGUUGCGAAAGCCCGUGACUAUAAGGGGGGAUUUUUGAGCAAUAUCGUAGUUGCAAGCCCUAAAGGAGAACCUUUAAUCUAUAUGAAGAGUGCAGGCUUCUUGGAGGUGCCGUUAGUACAACAUAACAAAGAGCGCAAACUUGCGUCGUAUUUUCAUUGGAUUACAGAUAUUGACUUCUUGAGCUUAAGAAAGCAAUAUGCGUAUAUGUCGCUUCGCGAACUUAUUGCGCUUAUUGGAUUAAAGGACCCAGCACUUUAA